CCACAUUGGGAUGUUGGGAUGUUGGCUCCUCACCAGCUGCAGGACAUCCUUGUGAGCAGGGCACGGGUGGAGAUGUUUCUCCAUGGUUGGUGAUAUUUCUCCUGGUGCAGUGGUCACUCAUUUGGUAGGGCUUGGACAUCAAAUCAUAGAAUCACGGAAACAUUAAGGUUAGAAAAGACCUUGGACAAAGUGCACGCAAGUAAACACCAUCCUGCGCCCACCGGCACACUGACUCAGUGCCACAUCCAUACGGUACUGGAACACCUCCAGGGGCAGUGACUCCACCACCUCCCCGCUGCGGGCCACCUCACGGAUUGGAGGCGGCUGCACCGCGUCUGCGAGCACAGAGGCACGGCCACGAAAAUAUGUUUCCUUGUCAUUUUCGCUUAGAAGCGACCUUAGGGCUGGCAGCGCGGAACGCAGGGCCAUGGCUGCCGUUUCCAGCCGAGCCGGGCGGCGGCGGCCGCGGGCUGCGCGUCGUUUCCCUUCGGGUCGGUGCAGCGGGGCCGCCGCUUCCCCCGGCGGCAUGGCGGGGGCGGGGAAGGUGUUCGCCACCCUGAGGAACCACUGGAAGAAAACCACGUUCGGUGUGUGCUUGCUGAGCUGGGGGGGGAACUGGCUGUACGGGAAGCAUUGCGAUAACCUGCUACGGAGAGCUGCGUGCCUAGAAGCCCAGGUUUUUGGCAAUGAACUGAUUCCUUCCAGUAUGCCUUUGAAGAAAGCGACAGUUUUCCUCAAUCCAGCAGCUUGCAAAGGCAAAGCCAGGAACCUUUUUGAGAAAAAUGCUGCUCCGAUUUUGCACCUGUCUGGCUUGGAUGUAAAUAUAGUUACGACUGAUUAUGAAGGACAAGCAAAAAAACUGAUGGAACUGAUGGAAAACACAGAUCUGAUCAUUAUUGCAGGAGGAGAUGGCACAGUACAAGAGGUCAUAACUGGACUUCUUCGCAGAGCAGAUGAGGCUGCCUUCAGUAAGAUUCCUAUAGGAUUUAUACCUCUUGGAAAGACCUGCACUUUGAGCCACACACUCUACCCUGAGAGUGUGAACCAAGUACAACAUAUUACUAAUGCUACCUUGGCCAUUUUGAAGGGAGAGACAGUUCCACUUGAUGUGUUGCAGAUCAAGGGAGAAAAGGAACAGCCUGUGUAUGCGCUGAGCGGCUUAAGAUGGGGAUCUUAUAGAGAUGCAGGAGUUAAAGUUAGCAAGUACUGGUACCUAGGGCCCCUGAAAACCAAAGCAGCUCACUUUUUCAGUACGUUAAAGGAAUGGCCUCAGAAGCACCAAGCUGCUCUCAUGUAUCUGGGUCCAACUGAGAGACCUCCUGAAGAGCCAGAGGAGAAGCCAUCCAGGCCUCCUUUGUACGUGAGGCUUUACAGACGACUUCGCUUAUACUGGUCACCUCCACGAAAAGAAAUCCCCCAGGAGGUAGCCCCGGAGGACUGGCAAGAACUGAAGCUCUCAACUGUUGAGCUUUCCAUUGCAACUCAGAACAGACAGCUUGAUCUGACACGCACUGAAGACUUCAUGAAUAUUUGCAUUGAAGCAGAUACUGUUAGCAAAGGACAGUUUGUGAACAGAGGAAGUCAGAAGAUGCGUGAUCCACAUAUGUGUCCUGAAGGCAGUCAGUGCAUCCAAGCCAGCAGAUGCAUCUUGCAACUUCCAGAGGGCACUGAGGGAUCCUUUGGCAUUGAUAACGAGGAAUAUGAAGCUAUGCCUGUGGAGGUGAAGCUGUUACCCCGAAAACUCCGCUUCUUCUGUGAUCCUAGAAUGAGAGAGCAGAUGCUCCGUGCAGCUGUACAAUGAGAAUUAAUAUCAAAGGGGCCACUCUUCACCACUCCUGCCAGGUUCUCAAGGCGUGUCCUCACUAACUGGAUUAACCCCACCAGAUUAACAAGCCAUUCAGCUACUUUAUGCACAAGGUACUUCCAUUGAAGGUGGCUAUAUGGCUAGUCUCAAGGGGUUUGAAAGUGCAAGUUAGAAUUCUAAGAAUUGCAUGUUAACUUGAUGGCAUUUUUUUUCCCCUGAAGUCAAUAGUGUUCCAUUCACAGCACUACAGGCUGAGUGCUGAAUGCCAAAUGCUACUGCUUUAAUGCAAUUGUAUAUUAAAGCAAAGAGAAAGAGUACUUGUCCUUGUGUUGUAAGAGUUUACAUUGUCUAUGUAUAAAUCUCAGGAAAGCUGGGAUCUUGGAAAAAUUUGUUCUGGGGGGGUCUAAUGCUAAGUAUGUGAAAUGUUGGAAUUGUUAUAUGAAAUAACUGAAUGGUUAUCUACUCUGUCCCAAAAUAAAUUGGAUAUCAGUGACAUGAUUUCAAAGGAAGUUUGAAAACUCCCAGUAUGUAUGUAUCUAGGUAAGAUCUUUGUUUCCUCUUCACCCUGCCAGGUUCAACAGCACAGAGCUCUAGUUAAUAACAUAGUAGAAAUAUAUUCUUUUGAUCAAGUUUAGGUAUGUUACACAGAAGCACGCUGGAGAAUCAUCAUUGACUUGGAGUAUGAAGUCCAUGUGGAAUGACUCUUUAAAACAAGCCAAAUGAGCCUUUCUUGUAAGUAUUUCUUUUGUUCCUCUAGCAGCAUAAGGCAAGUAAGGGCUUCCAAAUAACUUUUAAUAUUAAUUGUACCUGGUUGCUUUUCUCACUAACGCAAAUAGUGCUCAUCACUCUUUAUGCAACCUACAUCCCUUUGAGCCCCAGUUCCAUAAUUGGCUUUGUUGAUUUUGAGCUUUUUUUUUUUUUUUUAAUAGCUUCACUUUAAUUGCUGAAAGGAAAUGUUACUGACUUCAGCAAGGUUAUCUGUUGGCUUUAUUAUAACUUACAAGUUUACGUGAUUCUGCCUUGUUUACUUGAGAACAAUUGAUUGUUACUUUUUCUGAUGUGAUUGCUGUUUGUACAUAGUCUCCAUGCCUAGUCUAAAUUCAUCUGUUGAUUCCUUGCUGUAGUCAAAGUAAGGACAUUAGUGAAUCGAUUUCCAGUCACUUUCUUUAAGACAGCAUCCUGGCUGCAUGCUGCUGCAACAGCAUCCUCUGCUGUCAGCAUGCUAAAAUCAAAAUGCUUUGAAAGGGCAGAAACAAGUUGGUUUUCUGGGUGAUGCUGGAACCAAACUGCAUGCUGACCUUUCCUUGGCUAUAGUGGGAAGAAACUCGCUACCUAAGUACUAAACCCUUUCUUGACUAUGAUACAGGAGAGCAGAGGCCUGUUAGAUGUUUUUAAUGAUAGUGCUGCUUACAGAGCCUGCAUUGAGCUGUCUUUAUUUAAUCUGCAAUCACAAGUGCCCAGCAGCUCCCUGGGUCACUCAGACACGUUGGCUGCACUCUGUUCUUUUUGCUUGCCACAGAGACAUCUGGAAUGUUGUUCUGCAGCCAAUGUCAGGGGCAGUUCUCACCAACUGAGUUUUUCCUGAAGCUGAGGCUUCAAUAGGAAAAUUAGCAGUGUUUUUGCCUAAGUAGCAGGAAAGACAAAGCAGCAGCCAUUUCAAAAAGGUAAGCUUUAAUUGUUUUAAAAAAUACCUAUGUAUUAGUAAGCAGUUCUACUACACAGCCACAGGCCUAUGGGAACAACCACACAUCUGCGAGAUGCAAAUAACACCAGAGCUCUUUUAACUACAACCAGCCUGCUUAAAGGGGCUAAGUGAUACCUACAGCUUCUGGUUCAUUUGGACCAUUUCAAGGGGAAAAUGAUUCACUCCCUUACCUACUACCAGACCCACGGCUUCUGAAAAGUGUGAUUCUUUGCUCAAGGGUAACCAAGAGCUCUUUUCAGACCUGGUGCUGGUAAUGCUGUGCUGAUGUUGAAGUACCAAGGCCAGUCUGAAAUACAGGCUGAUAUUUAAAUACUUAUAUCAAUGCAAGUUGAAUAGCUUAUAUAAAUAUCAUUCAAGUGAUUUUUUUUCCCCUUCCUUCACAAUUCGGAGGCCUCUCAGUAUGAAGUGGUUCUAGAUGUCUGAAUUCCAACAUUCAGGGGGAAAGAUGUGAGGAAAUCAUAACGUAAAAUAAGUGGAGGCUGAACCUACUACCUACAGUGUAGAGGAAAGGACUCUGUUCUUAUGUUUCUAUCUGACAGCAAGACAAACAGCUUUAUUUGUAAGAAGCCCAAGACAGGAAAGAGGAGGAGAACACUGGGUCCCACUCUGUGAGAACAUUUAUCCUGGCUUCAGCGUACAGUAUGUUCUAGAAGGGCUUAAAAUAGUGUAUCAUAAAUAAAAGUGAAGAAUAACAACCUAAUAAUGAACCAGCCUAAGGCACCUGUUUAUUUUAACCACAAUUAGUCAUUUCCAUUUGAAUGGCAUGCUGCAUUAAGCAGGAUCUGAAAUCCCAGUUCACUGCCAUUAUGCCAUUCUGUGAUAUCAAUACAUUGCAGUCCCUCCAAAAAAAACAAAACAAAACAAAAAAUCCAACCACCAGUGUGUUGUUAUCUCCUACCAUCACCAGACCAUUAGCUUGGGGUGAGAAGGAACAAAAAAAAAAAAAAAA